AUGGCGGCUUCAAAUACGUCUUAUGACGCUUGGACUUCUCUUGCUCGUGCCUUCUCAAACCGAUCACAGUCCAAAAUUAAGUCACUCCGAGAACGUCUCAGUUCAAUCACUAAGGGGAAUUCCUUUGUCUCAACCUAUUUGCAUUCAAUCCGCAAUAUUGCUGAUGAAUUAGCCCUCAUUGGUCAUCCUAUUGACAACCUUGAAAUGGUUAUUCAUUCCUUGAAUGGUCUCGGAUCGACCUUCCGGGACUUUACUACUACUAUUCGCACUCAUGACUCAUCAAUCGCCUUUAACGAACUCUAUGACAAAUUGGUGGAUUUUGAGAUGUUUUUGUAG